GUCACGUGACCUUCGCCUUAUGGGGUUCUUUGACUUUUGUUCAUUUCAUUCCUUGGCCAGUUUGGUCUCUCUUCGUCGACUCUUUUCCUGACUUGGUGGUUUUGGGUAGAUGAUGAAUCCGUCAAUAAAUAUGCCGAGAUUUUUUUUAUUAUUCAAAGAAUGGAUCAGACAGUACUCGGUCUUGUCUUUUCGUCCCUCGAAUUUUGGACAAGUCUUUUCCCCAAAGUCAACUGUGCUGCGAUUGAUCAUUCUCUUAUAUUUUCUGGGAAUUCUUUUUCCAUCAUUGUUUGCUCUGAAUUAGAUUUAUUCGAUUGAUAUCAGUUUGUUGUUAUAUAUCUACUAAAUCGUCUGUUUGGUUCCUGAUCCAAUGUCGCUUGUCGAGGUCUCUGGCGCUGAUGCCGUGGUGGCACCUAUGCGUGGAAGAGUACCAACUCCACCACCACCUCCUCCUAAGCGUAGAAGACCACCACCGCCACCACCUCCUCCUCCUCCUAUGCGUAGAAGAGUACAACCGCCACCACCACCACCUCCACCUCCACCUCCACCUCCUAAGGGUGCUGGACGAGUUCGUUGUUUUCUAAUUCCUCUAGGUCAAAAUAAGUCUUAUCAGAAGAGGACCUCGCUGAGAAGCUUAUGGGUCGAGUUAGAGGGACAAGGAGAAGCACAAACUGCACCAGAAUUUGAUGUAUCAGAAAUAGAGGCCCUUAUCUCUGCUGCUGCAGUACAAAACCCGGCUGAUAUAUCUGCAAGUCGACGAGAAGCUUUUGAGAUCUCUGGCGCUGAUGCUGUGGUGGCGCCUAUGCGUGGAAGAGUACAACUUCCACCACCACCUCCUCCUCCCCCUCCUCCUAUGCGUAGAAGAGUACCACUGCCACCACCCCCUCCUCCUAUGCCUAGAGAAACGCCACUGCCACCACGUCCUCUGAUAUGUGUAGGAGCCCCCUCACCUCCUCCUCCACCCCCACUUCCACUUCCUGCUAAAAAAAAGUCCACGCCACUGCUACCACGUCUUCUGAUAUGUGUAGGAUCCCCACCUCCUCCUCCACCCCCACUUCCACUUCCUGCUAAACAAAAGUCCUCCCUGAAGCGAUUACACUGGGUCAAACUGGCAAGGGUUUUGCCGGGGAGCGUUUGGGAUGAGUUACAGAGACGACAAGAAUGCCGCAAUAUCAAAGAUGAACAGAUUCUCUGUGCAAUAGAACUUGAUGUAUCAGAAAUAAAGACCCUUUUCUCUCUUGUGGCUAAACCAAAACCUGAAAAAAAGCCACUGAUUGACCUUAGGAGAGCCACUGACGUGGAAAUUAGGCUAAUGUUAUUAAAUACUCAGCUGCCUGAUAUGAUGGCUGCAGUUCUUGCAAUGGAUGAUGAGUCUGUACUAGAUGUUGAUCAAAUAGAGGAUCUUAUAAACCUUUUCCCAACCAAGGAGGAUAUAGAGCUUCUUAAGACCUACACUGAUGACAAGGGGACCUUGGGAAAGUGGGAGCAGUACGUCCAAGAGCUAACGAAGGUGCCACGACUAGAAUCAAAGCUGAGAGUAUUUUCCUUCAAGAUUCAAUUUGCCACUCAGAUAACAGAACUCAAAAAAGUUUUAAAUGCGAUAAAUUCUGCAUGUGAGGAGGUUCGUACUUCAGAAAAGCUAAAAGAGAUUAUGAAAACUAUUCUCUGCCUGGGGAACAUAUUGAACCAAGGAACUGCCAAGGGAAGUGCCGUGGGAUUCAAGUUGGAUAGUUUAUUGAAAUUAAGCGACACACGUGCUUCUAACAGCAACAUGACUCUCAUGCAUUAUCUUUGCAAGGUAAACUACAAUCGAAAGAAAGAAGCAUGCAGCAUCUAUUUUAAUGAGUGGGCUUGUUUUAGAAAUCCUCUUUUCUUUUUCCAGGUCCUUGCUUCCAAGGCAUCAGAUCUACUAGACUUCCAUAAGGAUCUUGAAAGUCUGGAAUCAGCUUCAAAGAUACAAUUGAAGUCUCUGGCUGAGGAAAUACAAGCUAUAAUCAAAGGAUUGGAAAAACUGAACCAGGAGCUCACUGCAUCCGAAAGUGAUGGUCCUGUUUCUCAAGUUUUCCGUAAAUUAUUGAAGGACUUCAUAAUCAUUGCUGAGACUCAAGUAGAAACUGUAUCGAUUCUUUACUCCGUCGUGGGAAGAAACGCUGAUGCACUUGCACACUAUUUUGGCGAGGAUCCUAAACAUUAUCCAUUUGACAAAGUUACCGCGACUCUCUUGAGUUUUAUAAGGUUGUUUAAGAAAGCACACGAAGAGAAUAUCAAGCAAGCGGAGUUGGAGAAGAAGAAAGCUGCAAAGGAGAAGACGAAGUUUAUAUAACUAAAAAAGAGCAGCGGAGUUUAUAUAACUGACUAUAGUGUGGUAACUCAGAUAUUUUGUGUUGAUAUAAACAAGUUAUGUAAAUAUUUUCACUGCUUGGUGUUGUUAAAAUGUGUGGGUUGCAAAAAAAAAAAAAGAAAAAGAAAAAAGAUUGUUGAAAUUUGCAUUAAAAAAUGAUGUCAGUGCUUGUAACAAUUUUCAUAAAUGAGGAAGUAUCGAUUGCAUCAA